AAUAAUGUAUUAUUUCCAGAUCCUCUUAUAAUAACUAUAGUGAUUCGAAGGAAGAAACCUGUAAACAAUUGAUUUGGAAAGUAUGAAAUUACUUAAAUAUGGAGUAAACUGAAAAUUAAAAAUAACUCUCAAGAAGUGAAUAAGUAAUAAGGUAUGUUAUUGAUGGAAUCCGUAGACCUUGACUUGCUUUCUUGAGACCAACAACUCCGAUAAAUAUCUCUUUAUAUCGUUCAUUCUGCUGUCGAUGCUCUUCUCGUUAACAAUUUUUUGGUGAUAAGUGAAUUCAGUGUACACAAGAUGCCGCUCACUCUGUAUAUGGAAUAUUUGAGUCCUCCUUCAAGAGCGGUCAUGAUGACUAUAGAGGCUUUAGGACUCAAUGUGGAAUACGUCACCGUAAAACUAGAAAAGGGGGAACACCUGAAGCCGGAUUUUCUCAAGAAAAACCCUUUGCACACUGUUCCCACUUUAGUGGAUGAAGGAACUAUUAUAUGCGAUAGUCACGCCAUAAUGUCUUACUUGGUUUCGAAGUAUAGCAGGGAGGACUCACUUUAUCCUAAAGACCUUAAAAAGAGAGCUAUGGUUGAUCAAAAACUACAUUUUGACACUGGUUUUCUAUUCAUUCACCUUCGCAAUUUUGUGAAAAAAUGUUAUUCCGGAAGAUGUAAAUCCGUAGAAGAGUACGAAAAAGUUUUCAUGACACAGGGUUAUGACUUCAUGGAAAGCUUUUUGAACCAGUCCUCAUAUGUCGCUGGAGAUAACCUCACUAUUGCAGAUUUCAGUGCAAUAACUAGCUUGGAAGGAAUGAAUAUGCUUGUACCCAUCGACGAAGUGGCCCAUCCAAAACUAGUAAACUGGAUGAAGAAAAUGAGAGAACUACCCUAUUAUCAGAAAAUAAAUCAGACUGGAAUAAAGGAUCUGAAGGACUUUUUAGUUGCCCUAAGCGAUGGCGAGAUUGAAUGUUGAUGGGAAUAAUUGUUGUAUUGUUGAUUUAAUUUUUUUGUUCAUACUGGAUAAACUAUUGUUUGAUAAUAUGUAUUGCAAUGUAAUAAAAUCAUCCGAUAUUUGUAAACUCAUAUCGACUUAUCAUAUUCAGCUGAAGGUUUCCAAAAUCUUGUGAAAUAAGUAUAAUUCGGAAAUAAAUUGUUAUUUAGAUAUUUAAUACAUGUACUCUCCACUAUAAUUUAUAUGUAUAUUUUUUUUUCUGAGGAGUGGGUAGAAAUUGAAUUACCUACACAACACAAGAGCUUCAUUGCUUAGAUCACUUAGAUGUGCUUCCGCUUCACGGAGAGGACACAACUUAGUUCUUUUGUUUGAUUCAUAAUGUAUCUACGCAUUGUAUUCGAAUUCAUGUUGAAAUAAAUUAGAAUUUGAUUCAACUCA